GCAGGGCAACCGUUUCCGGUCCGAUAGUCCUUCGAAAGGAUGGCAUCUCCCGCCGCCUUUGCAAAGGCAGGAGGAAUUUACCAUUUUUUCCGAUAAUGAUCAGGCAGCAAAAUUAUUUAAGGAUGAUCUGACUAGGCGUACAUCCACGCCCGCUCGGACAUCAAUGACAAUGCCUGUGAAAAAUCAUGUGAACCGCGUAUCUACGCCUAUGCCAUCGCGCGCGGAGAACCAUCUUGUGGGAAUUGGGGCGAUUAAUAAAAGGCCUUUAUUAUCGUCUCAAAUUAGUAUUCCUACGUCUGGUAUGCAUAUUGCACAGCCAAAAUUACCAUCUAACAUGACACAGAAACCCAUCUUUAAUCAGGGGGUAGGGUUAUCUAGAAAUCAUGUACAAUUUUCAGAUUCCGUAUUUCACCAGAGUAGUAUAGGGAGGGCAAAUGGGUCCAACUCCACCGGAAGUGCAAUGGGUGGACAUGGGUUGAGGGUGCCCCCUAACACCCCUUGCAGUGGUAACUACCGAAAGGACCUUGAGGAUAGCGACUAUGUUGACCCAUCAAUUAAUGAUUCUAACCGCGAUGUAUCAGGUUACCAGGGGAAAAGCGGGGGUGUUUUUGAGUCCGGUUCCAAUAGAUAUAAUGAUUCAGGCUAUUCCGAUGGAAUUGAUAGCUCGGGUAGCAAUAAUUUUUCGCGAGGGCGGACUAACGAUCAUACUUUUAGUGCCCACC